CAAACAGAGACUGUGAACAUCAACCAAGAGCAAGUCUACUGGAAGAUCCUCACUUUUAUCAUUCAACAGUAGUCACUUUUUAUUUCUAGACAAACCCACUCACUCAACAGCAAACUUUUGGCUGCUAUUUUGCAUCCUAGUCCUGGUAUAAGAACGGCAUCCAGUCAGCCACAAGAAAACCAGUGGAUGUUUUUAAAGAGUGCACUUCAGGAUGAGUGCCUGAGGACAAGCUGGAGAGGUGAAUCCAGCAGAGGCAGACGCCGUCCACUCCGUCCUCAGGAGCGAAUGAGAGGAGAGGGUCUGUAACGCUGGAGCUCAAGGACAAACCAUGGACUCUGCACACCUCCCACUUCACCUGGACGUCCAACAUGUUCCCUGCUAGCCUACUGGUUCUGAUGAUCCUGCUGCUACCUCAAGCCUCAUCAGGACACCAGGAGGAUCCCAGUCAGACUCAUGGAAACCUGGCCAGCCCUCUAGAGCCUAGUUUGGCCCACACCAUUCAGAACCUCCUGCUGAACCGUCUGGGCCUUCAGUCACACCCCAACCCCAGUGAGGAGGCACGGGUGCCCCAGUAUCUUCUCGACCUGUAUCGAUUCCACACUCAACAGUACCAUCUCAUUGAAGACCCAGAGUUUACCUACCCCUCCCAGCAUGUGCAAGGAGCCAACACAGUUCGAUGCUUUCACCACACAGAGUCUACAGCGCUGAGUCUUCCAGAAGAGCAGAACAACAUUCACAUUGGCUUCAAUCUGUCCUCCAUUCCGUCAGAAGAGAGUGUGGUGUCGGCAGAGCUUCGUUUCCUUCGUGACGGGUUUAGUGGAGGGUCUCACGUGGCCAGACUUUAUCUUUCCGACGAUGACCCAGCGUCAAAACCCACACUGCUCCAUUCACGCCGGUUGACUAGAGAUAGAAAAGGUGCAGAACUUUGGGAAACCUUUCCCCUGGAUGGAGAAGUGUUUCACAAUCUACCCAAGAGGUCAGGGAGCCUGGCUUUUAUUCUGGAUGUUAUUGCUGAUAAUAACAGCAGUCUUCCUAAAGAGCGACAUCUGAGGGUGCGCAGGUACUCGGGGCAAGAUGAGCCCAGCUGGGCGAGGCAGAGGCCAUUACUGGUGACUUACAACCAUGAUGGACGCAGCGAGCCCUUUGUGCCCCUCAGAAAUUGGACCCCUGCCGGCAGGCGAGGCAAGGGCAGGGGCAGGGGCAGGUUUAAGGGUGAUAGGGGUCAGGGCUCUGACGAAGGCUGGCGGGUGGGACGGAACGACAGGAGAGUGAAACGAAAUGGUGGGAGGGCCGCCAAGCUCAAACGACUAUCCCGCUCUCGCUGCCGUCGGCACCCGCUGUACGUGGACUUCAAAGACGUGGGCUGGAAUAAAUGGAUCGUAGCCCCAUCCGGUUACGAUGCUUUCUUUUGCCUUGGGGAGUGCCGCUUCCCACUGGCUGACCAUAUGAAUUCAUCUAGCCAUGCCAUGGUUCAGACGCUGGUCAACUCUGUAAACGGGGCCGUGCCGCGGGCUUGCUGUGUGCCGACGGCCCUUAGCCCUAUCGCCCUCCUCUACUUGGACCAGGAGGAACGUGUGGUGUUGAAAAACUAUCAAGACAUGGUGGUGGAGGGCUGCGGCUGUCGAUAGCAAGAUACUCAGAAGGGUGGACUGGAAAAGGGUGUAAAAUCAGGAAGUGUGAAACUGAAAGAGACAAAGAAAGCGAGGUAAACGGUCAUAAUAAAACCAUGAGCACCUUCUCAUAAUCCUCUGGAAGCCAGCUUUGACUUCUUGCGUCCAAUGAAGCAUUGUAUUUGUGUGAACUAUAAGCACUCAGUCCAAACGUGAUGUCUCCGUCUUAUGUAGUACACUCCAGCUUUCUGUCUUGUUGUUGUGUCUAUCCUGCUUCUGUUUUGUGAGUCCAUCACAUCAUUGACAACUCAAAGGGACCAAGAAGUGACCAAGGACUCUCAUUGAGCAUUUGGUGACGCUGGACGGACUUAAACCCGAGGGAAGAAUAUUGAACUCUUCAUCUCUGGUAGCAAAUGAAACUUCAAAGUAUGCACUGCGACAGAGACUAUAACUGAGUACGGGGCACUUCUCCUUAUGAGCUAUUUAAAAAAUCCUGACACCAAGAAAUUAUGACGUUAUUGUCUGACUGUGUUAGUGAUAUUAUUUAUGGUGACCUGUUCUUUUUAUGUAUGGUGCAGUCCAAAGAAAAGUUUGCUAUACAAAUACUGUGGUAGUAAGUAAAUCUAAUUUAAGAAUGCGUCAAUAUAUCUAUUUAAAUAGCAAAAAAUAUGGAAUAUUUAAUCUUGAUAAAUACCGCAGAUAUAUAAGUACCAGAACGCCUUAUAGAUCCAUUUAAAGCCAGUUAAAACUGGAGUUACUCAUCUAUUAUUUGUAAAACCACAGCACUGAAUCAUGGCAGCUUUAUAUUGGCAUUCACUAAACAAUGAGGGCUCUUUCCUUACAAUAGAAGCCUUGUGAAACAAAGAAAAUUGCCUAAACAUUCCAAGAUAUGGUGCCAAAUGUUAUGUUAUGUGCCAUAGGUGUGCAAGCUUGCUAAAUGGUAUUAUACAUAACUUUGUGUCUUCGGUCAUCAAGUGUUGACCAAACUGUCAGUAUUUAAAGACAUUCAGAUCAACAACAACAACAACAACAAAAUCAUCCAAGCUUAUUCCGAUGUUCUGUCAUGAAUAGCCGAUUAUAUUUUAGUAUGAUGCUUUAUGUGCAGUUUAAACAAAAGCCUUGAGAAUGUCUGACAUUGUCUGGAGCCAUUGUGAAAUGUGUAAUAAUAAACAGCAAACUAAUCCGGCAGUUCUAAUCAAA